AUGUGUUUCCCUUUUCAUAGAUCUCCUUCUGACGCACAUGAAUCGCGUGGCACAACGCGGUUGCAGCUUUGUUUUCAGACUAAGCUGCUUCCCACAUGUUUCACUAACAGUAGGAUAGAAUCCGAGGACAAUACUGCUAUCAAACUAGUGUUAUUUGAUACUAGUUAUAAUACAAUUGUGUCAUAUGGGCCCUUAUCUUCGACUAAGAUAGUAAUUGUUCCUCUUGAUGAUGAUUUUUCUGCUGAUGAUCAUGAAAAUUGGUCUGAGAGUGAUUUUGAUGCAAAAGUUGUAUAUGCAAGAGAUGGCAAAAGGCCGUUGCUGAUGGGGGAUCUGAUACUGAAUCUGAAAGAAGGCGUUGCGGAGUUAAAUGAUGUUGUUUUUACUGACAACUCGAGCUGGAGAAGGAGUAGGAAGUUUAGGUUAGGGGCGAAAGCCCAAAAUGUAACGGGUGGAGUAAGAAUUAGAGAAGCGAGAAGCGAAGGGUUUGUGGUAAAAGAUCAAAGAGGAGAGUCAUACAAGAAGCAUUAUCCUCCAUCCUUAGGUGACGAGGUAUGGCGCUUGGAAAAGAUUGCAAAUGAUGGCGUUUUGCACAGACGAUUAAAAUCACACAAAAUAUACACCUUGAAUGAUUUUCUACAAGUCUAUACGACUAAUGAGUCCUGGCUAUGCACGCUACUUGGCGGUCCCAGUAACGUAUGGAAGACGAUUGUCAAGCACGCCAAAACUUGUAUCUUAGAUGACAAGGUAUACUUGUACAGAUGUGUUGCAGAUGGGAUUGGGAUCUUGUUCAAUUCGAUAUUUGAAGUUGUGGGUGCAACCUUUGAUGGUGUAAGUCAUCUCUCCAUGAAUGAACUCGAUGAAUUUCAGAAGUCUAUGGUGGAAGCAUUAAAGCAACAAGUUUAUAAAGAUUUGGAUGGGAUGAUACCCACUGAUCUAUUGUCGGUUGCAACCCCCGUGCUAGCAGCGAACCUUCAUGGUGACCGUCUUAGAACUGCUAGUUUAGGUAUGCAGGAAGCUAAUAUCCCAUUUCCGCACCAAGAUCAAUUGGAAAUGAAGAUAUCGGAUCCAUAUAGUAGUGGAGCGAAUGAUAGCAGUCAAUUGGGAAUUGCUGUGCCUUAUGAUCUUCAUGAUGAGACAUCAUCAUGGCAAGCAAACGGACCAAACAAUCAAACUGCGGAUUUUGAUAUAUAAGGAGUGGAUCUCCCAGGGGAAGGUGGUGCAAGAUUCGGGCUGCCAUGAUGUGGGUUUCAGUGUGGAAAGACGUUGCUGCCAAAAGAAUGUCAGAAUUCGAUCCGUUUUAUAAUCACCCAGCUUAAAGCUGUUGGUAUAUAUGCUUUCUUUCUUUUAAGCACUUGUGUAAUUAAUUAAUAUGUAUUAUGUUGAAUAUAAACUUCACUAAUGUUUAUAGAUAAGU